UACCUGUACAGGAAGCAGCAUCUAUUCCAAAGUCAUAACGUAAAAUGGAAAAUAAAGAAGAAUGGUUACGAUUUUGGUCGUUUCUUGGUUACAAAAUGGACAGCAAAAUUGAUACGGACCCAAAUGUACAUCCGGUCUUAAUGGAUGGUCCAGGACGAAGUUAAAAGAGACCAUGUGCAACAGCAUUUUGAGUCUGCCAGACAAACUGCUAGGCUUCAACUUCGCCCUUUGACUCUGUGGUACUCGAGAACAUCCC